AUGUCCAUUGCCACAUCAAGUAUUAAUGAAUUAACCUUCUUAAAUAAAUCGGUAUCUGUUUCGCCAUUGGUUUUAUUAUCAGUUGUUGAUCAUUUUAAUAGAGUUGCUAAAGAUACUAAAAAAAGAGUAGUUGGUGUUAUAUUAGGUGAUAAGUCAACGUCCAACACUAUAAAAGUUACAAAUUCUUAUGCUAUUCCUUUUGAAGAAGAUGACAAAAACACCAAUGUUUGGUUUUUAGAUCAUAAUUUUAUUGAUUCAAUGGGUGAAAUGUUUAAAAAAAUCAAUGCGAAAGAAAAAUUAAUUGGUUGGUAUCAUUCUGGUCCAAAAUUAAAAUCUUCGGAUUUGAAAAUUAAUGAAUUAUUUAAAAGAUAUACUGAUAAUCCUUUAUUAUUAAUUGUUGACGUUCAACCUAGAAAUGUUGGCAUUCCAACUGAUGCUUAUUAUGCUGUUGAUGAUAUUAAAAAUGAUGGAUCUGCUGCUGAAAAAACUUUUGUUCAUGUACCCAGUUUAAUUGAAGCAGAAGAGGCUGAAGAAAUUGGUGUUGAACAUUUAUUAAGAGAUAUAAGAGAUCAAGCUGCUGGUAAUUUAUCAUUAAGAGUAACUCAAACUUAUCAAUCUUUAUUAGGUUUACAUCAAAAAUUAAGAGAAAUUGCAAAUUAUUUAGAUAAAGUUUAUCAUAAAAAUUUACCAAUUAAUCAUACAAUUUUAGGUAAAUUACAAAAUGUAUUUAAUUUAUUACCAAAUUUAUCAUCAAAUUCUGUAUCAAAUAAUAAUGAUAAUGAUGAUGAUGAUGAUAAUAAUUCAAAUAAUAAUCCAUUGGCUACUGCAUUUACAGUAAAAACUAAUGAUGAAUUAAUGAUUCUUUAUAUAAGUACAUUAGUUAGAGCUAUAAUAGCAUUUCAUGAUUUAAUUGAAAAUAAAUUAGAAAAUAAACUGAUAUAUGAAAAAAAGGUAACAAACUCAAAUUUAGAGAUAGGUGAAGAUAAAAUUGCAGUUAAAUAA